AUGACUUUUGAAGGAAUUUCCACGUUUCAAGACCUUCUACAGAUAUUUGAUCAGCCAUUUGAAAACAUAGCGGUUGCGUUCAAAGGGAAAGUUCCUGAACAAAAAAGGUUUGAAGCCGCUUGUGCGUUGAUGGCGUUGUUAGAAGAUGGCGAGUUGCAGGCAAACGAAAGAGUUGUGGCGCUUUAUAUUCUCUACAACUUGUACAAUGUUGUACCUAUUCAUCAAAAUCCAUUCCUUAUACUAUUUUUAAACCUUUACAAAGCUCUUUUUUCAAAUCUCACUUUAAUUAAAACCAAUAAUGAUAUGUUGGUUGAAUUUCGUGUAGAAGCAAUGAUCUUGGCUGAUAAGGGUUCACAGUUAGCUGAUAAGUCACCCGUGGACGUAUAUAAGCAAUUUACGCAUGGUGAUAACUCACUGAUAAUUGAUACGGAAGAAAUAAACGUAGCGGAAUUUGAAUAUUAUCUUAAACAAGAAUUUGAUGUACAACUACCAUCAAAAGAGGAGUCACCUGAAAGUAGGCAUGAUGACUCAACACGGCCUUGGUCAUGGGCCGCAAUUGACGAGCUGGAUGUUAGUGAAAGUUCUUAUGCUCCAACUCGGACUCCUGACAUUCAACAUGAGCUUCAUCGGUUAGGUAUUCAUGAUAAUGAACAAGAUAUAGAACAGGAUUAUGAUUUAAUAACAGAAUUUACGAGUCAAGAUGAAUCCCGUGCUUUGAUGGAUAAGGCAUUGCAGCGGGCUUUAACAAUACCCGAAGAAGAGUAUAUUCUGGGCCAAUUUGAAAAGAAUGAUAAGUUGGUUUAUCAAUGUGAUCUCUCACCAGAAAAGCUCCCUGAUCUGGUUGAAAAUAAUCCUAGGAUUGCUGUAGAGGCAUUGUUACAACUUAAAACAUCUCCUCAAGUUUACAAGCAAAUUAAACCUCCAAAUAGAUUUUUGAAUAUGCUUGUAGCAAUUAAUGAUCCAGAACGGUCCCAACAGUCAUCUAUGGAACCAGUAAGUAGGAUGAGAUCUUCCAUGGAAGUUGUAAAUCAACUAACAACUUCUUUUCCACUCCUUCCCGAGUUUUUACAUAAGUACCUUUCUAAUUGUGUAAGAGCUUGUGAAGAAAGCCAAAAUCGAAAUAUACAGGAUCGUCAAGUUCGCUUGUCACUUAUAAGAAAUAAUAUAAUAGAUGUCAAUAGAUUCUUUAUAGAAAUACAAGCAUUUUGCCUUCAGUUUUCUCGAAUAAGAGAAGCUGCAGGUUUAUUUAGAUUUUUACUAGAUUUACAGAGGAAUUCAGUUGUUGAUAAUGCAGUAUUAAAUGUUGAUAUUGUGUAA